UAUGGCGACUGUUAAUGAACUUUAUAUAUUUAGUGAUCCCACUUAGAAUUUUUAAACUGCAUUGCGGAUGGCUGGAAUGGAGAGUCAUUCAAUGGAAGUAGACACACUUGUCGCUACACUGAUGUCAUUGGGUUUUGAUAUUGAUGGAUGUCAGCAAGCCAUUGCAGUUGGAAACUCGACUGUAGAAACUGCUGUGGAAUGGUUGCUUAAUAAAGAUCGCGACAAAUCCAGGGGGAAGGCUUUAGAGAAAGCAGAGGGAGAGGUUGUAAAGGAAGCAGUGAAAACCGAACCGUCUUACCCAACUACAAAGGAAGAUAAAACGGCCGCAGUAGCAAGCCGAUACACACCUGAUGAAACUCAAAAAAAGGCCCAAGACGAAUUUGAACAACGACAACGAGAUAAUAUUCAACGUGAAGCUAAGAAACGAAGGCUUAUUGAUAAACAGGCUCGUCAAGAAGUCUUGAAACAAAUAAAAGAAGAUAGAGACAAUGCAAAAACCCGACGAUUUUCAGGAAAACAAAAACAAGGAGAGCAGUCAAAUGUGGGAAGUAAUGACAAAUCGUCAAUUGGAUCACAUGAAGGAACUUCGUCAAAAGAAUCGGCAAACAAUACAUGUAAAUUAAAGAUAAGAUUAUCUACCGGCAAGAAUAUCAUUGAGAGUUGCGGAAGUAGUGAAUCUUUACUUGACGUGAUCAACAAAAUAAAGCGCACAUAUAGUGAGCCUGAUAACGUUGAUAUUAUUCAGCCAUUUCCCCACACAAAGUUUAAUGCUAACGAUAUCAAAAAAUCUUUGCUUUCGCUUGGUCUUUCUCCGGGUGGAUGUAUAGUCUUAAAGAGGAGUUCAAGUACUACAGGGCUAGAAGAAGAUAUGCCAGAGCAAGAUGAAAUACAAGAGCAAGAUGAAAUACAAGGUAAUCCCGACGUUGCUCAGCCUGGCAUACAACUCGAUAUUACACAACCUUCCCGGGAAGGUAUCGUAUCACUUCAACAAGAAGACAGGCAACGAGAUGAAGUUCAAGAAGAAGUAGAGGAUAUCCCCCAGGAAGAUGAUGUAGAACGUGGCGAUGACAUUCCUUUGCCUGGACAGAAUGUCACACAACGUCAACAUGUGUGGGGAGCUGGUGUGUCACUGGGAAGACAUCCUUUUAACCCUCACGCAAUUAAUCCUGUUAUUCAUGCUGAAUCUGCAGCUGAAGCAGCUGAGGCCAGACUGAGGGCUCGGCCACCCCAUCCAGUUGAACGUGACGAACAUUCAGAUUCCCCGUAUUUACCAUCUCGUGAAGUACCGAGUCUGGUAGACUCGUGUAUCAAAGAUAUUGCAGCAAGAUUACCUGGACAUCACCAUUCCGUGGGUAGCCUUGCACCAUUAUCUCAACGUCUGUGCUUUAAGAUUUUGACGUGUUUGAUGAAAAAGAAAACGUUAACACCUAAGACGUUGAUAUUCUUUGUUCCGUGUCAACUACAGCAUCUUGUUUUGGACCACUAUCUUUAUGUGACGAAUGAAUUGUUCAAUAUCGUAAGGUUAUUUAAAGGCUUAACCCAUCUAAGUGUUCAGUCAUGCACAGUCUUUACUGAUAAGGCGUUGGAGGCGAUCACAGGAUUGAAGAAAAUAGUCCAUUUGGACUUUAGCAAUUGUACACAACUGACGAAUCAGUGCUUGAAGCACUUAAAAUAUCACACAAACCUUAAGACUCUUAAACUUGUCAGUACCAAGAUCACUGAUGAAGGUUUGUGCCCGCUCUUCAUGGAAACCCAAUGGCUAGAACUCCAAACACUCAACCUCAGCAAAACAGCUGUUACUAACAAAUCUCUAGUAGCUAUACAAGCAAAGAAGUUGAAAGAACUACAUUUGGAACAAACAAGUGUGUCGGAGUUACAAGGAGUAGGACAUUUGACUAGUUUAACUAGCCUGAACGUCGGUGGAACAAGAAUAAAUGAUAAGAGUUUGUCAUCUCUAAUAAACCUUCCAUCUCUGGAGAAACUAAAUUUACACCAGACGCAAGUCACAGACCAGGGUCUUUCUCAUCUUACGGGAUUGCAGUUAAAAGAGCUUCGUCUUCCAAACAGAAUAAACAUAACAGACAUCGGGAUUUCUUAUCUUCAAGGCAUGCCGCUGACCUCUCUGGAUCUCACCGAUUACGUCAAUAUAUCGGAUACCGCUCUGAGGACUGUUGGACGACUAACAAGGCUUGAAAGAUUGUCCUUGAGUAAAACUAAGAUUUCAGAUAGAGGAAUGUCAUUUCUGUCAGAACUUUCGAGGUUGAAAGAGUUGGAUUUAGAAAGGUGUUGACGUGACGAUGGACUGGAUGUUCUUUCAUACUUUGUUCAGCUUGAAGAACUUAACCUUUCUGGAACCGGUAUUACUGACCGUGGUAUUUCGGCUGGAAAACUAAACUGUCUAAGAUUCUUAUGUAAAUUAAAUCUGAGUAGAACAAAUCUUACUGACGCUGGUGUCGCAAACCUAAAUCUUCCUGAACUAACCUUGUUAAAUAUUGACUGGACCAUGACAAGUCAGCAUUGUUUAAAUUUACUUGAAGGCUGUCCACAGCUUAAAGUUAUCCGACGUCAGAAUUGUCGAACUGAGGGAAGGUGACACAGGUUACAACGAUAUACAAGAACAUUAUUUUUCCAGAUUUAGUUGAUUUUAGCCAUUUAUUAUUUAUAGGAUUUCACUAUUAUAUACCUAAAUGUAAGCGAGUUAUCUACUUUUGUAAGGUUCAAUUCUACGAUUGUAAAUUCUCUUAUGUACAACUGUGUUCGGCAGGUGCUGUAAAUGGUUAUUAAACAUAUUUUUUCCAUAUUAAUACG